AUGCGCUGCGGGGCGCUGGCUCUGGCGCUGUUCUGCGCCCUGCCCCUGGGAGCAGCGGGGCCGGAGCCCCCCGAGACGGGCUCUGGGAUAUACCCAGAUGAAGUGAACUUGCUGGACAAAAUAACCUCCCACGUGCAGGACCUCAGCAAUACUUCCUUCAGCUACGAUGAGGCCAACUGCAGCGUCCUGGGGAUCGGGCAGUACUCCACGCUCAGCAUCCCUACGAGGGAGGCCUUUGGGGACAGGUUUGCUGACGAGCUGAGCGUGCUGAUGAGGCUCAGGUACUCACUGAAGGAGGACACCAGCCUGGUGACCAUCCUGAGCCACCGGAGCCGCAUGCUCUUCCAGAUCCGGGUUAGCCCCUACGGCUUGGUCUUUGUCACCACGAGGAGGAGACACUAUGAGUUCCCGGUUUCCCUGCUCAGCGAUGGGCGCUGGCACAGAGUGGCUCUCAGCAUCUCCUCGGAGGGGCUGGAGCUGCACGUGGACUGCCGGCUGGUGGGGAGAGCGAGCUGGUCCGGCCACGUCGGGAUGGGAGUGAGCACAGAGGGGCUGGUCGUCCUCGGGGGCCUGGUCGAGUCCUUUGAGAUCCCCUUCGAGGGCACCUUACAGCAGCUGAUCUUCGUGAUGGGAGACCCAGUGGCCGCCAGCGAGCACUGCCACAGCUACAGCACAGCGUGCACCACCGGCCUCAGCCACCUGCCGUCCCCAGGGGACUUCUCACCGGCCUGGACAGAGGAUUGGAGGUUUUCCAAUUCAGAUUGGACCUCGGGGCCACCACGGGCAUGGGAGGACACCGACGAGACCCUUAACCUCCAGCCAGAUGGGAGCACCCUGCCUUCGCUCUCUGCUGAUGAGAUGUCAUCGGCCGAGGAGGAAGACGAGGAGGAGGAGGAGGGAAUCCGUUCUAUUGAGGAUGAAGGCUUUGAGCUGUUGAACUCCACCUACAAUAAAAUCACCGGCCCUGGCAGGCCAGGGCUCGGCAGGAGCAGACCACAGGUCACUGGUAGCUCCAAGCCACCAGCCAAAACACAGCGAGCAGCCCAGAAGGAGCACGCCGCCAGCCCCCAGCAGGAGAACGUCACCACGGAGAAGCAGAAGGGUGCUGCGGGUGCCCAGCGCCGCCUCCCACCCACCAAACCCGGCCAUGCCAUUGCGCCCAACGCUGUCCCCAAGCUGUCCCCAUCAGCACGUCAGGCAGCUGCACCCAAAGGUCCCCCAGGGAUGGGGAUGGCUGCAGGUGACCCGGAGCACCCUCCCACCACCCUGGGGUACCCCAUCUCGCCAGCGGCACGCAGGCAGUGGGCUCGCAUGAAGCCAGGACCCCCGGGGCCACCGGGGCCACCAGGGCUGCCGGGGUGCCCUGGGAGACGCGGGCUGGUGGGGCCCAAAGGAGACAAGGGAUACCCUGGAGCCAUGGGGCAGAUGGGACCCCCAGGGGACCCGGGUCCCAUGGGCAUCCCCGGCGUCCCCACCAUCAUCCUCUGGAGGAACUCCCAGGAGGACUGGCUGACCUUCACCCAAUCACCAUUUUACCAGCUUCUGCACGCAGGCUGGCCGAGGAAACCUGGAGCCCCCGGCCCUCCAGGACACCCAGGGAAAGCAGGAAUGCCGGGGCCAUCAGGAGAGCCAGGAGAGCCGGGCGAGAAAGGCCAACGGGGGUACACGGGUGAGCCAGGGCUGCAGGGCUUGCCGGGUCGCAUGGGGCAGCCUGGUUCAGAUGGCUCCCCAGGCCUGGGAGGCAAACCCGGGCUGUCAGGGCUGCCAGGAGAGCAGGGCCUGCAGGGUUUCCGAGGGGACCAGGGGCUGGCUGGCGAGAAGGGGGAAGAGGGCUUCUUGGGUGUUCCCGGACCAGUUGGUGAGAAAGGAGAGAAGGGGGCGAAGGGGGUGAGAGGAGAAAGCGGCCCGCCGGGUCCUGCUGGGGCUCCGGGGAUGUCGGGUCUGAAGGGCGCGAUGGGCUUCCAGGGCCCUGCAGGGCCAGAGGGAGAAGGUGGCCCAGCGGGUGCUGCUGGCCCUGCCGGCCCUACGGGGGAGCCGGGCCAGCCAGGCUCCGUCGGGUGCCAAGGAGUCAACGGCUCCCAGGGAGAGAUGGGUCCUCCUGGCUUGCCUGGCCCCCAGGGCCCUAAGGGACCACAGGGCUUGCAGGGGCGUCGCGGCCCCCCUGGCCUGGGGGGCAUCCAGGGUCCAGCUGGGAUGGAGGGGUCCUCUGGUCCCAAAGGAGACACCGGUGCAGAGGGCGUCCCUGGCCUCAGGGGACAGCUGGGACAGGAGGGACCUGGGGGGUUUAUUGGCCUGCCGGGUUCAAAAGGCACCCAAGGAGAACGGGGCUGCCGAGGUCCCUCUGGAGCCAAGGGAGACCUGGGAGCCAAAGGAGACAAGGGUCCUCAUGGAGCACAGGGAGCAGCGGGGCCUCCAGGACCGCGGGGUCAAACAGGCUUGCAGGGCUUCCCCGGCCCCCGUGGGGCGGCAGGACCCCAGGGACCCGAGGGCGAAGAAGGCCAGAUCGGCCUGGCGGGGCUGAACAGCAGCGAAGGAUCGAAGGGAAGCCGAGGACCAGAUGGCCCAAAGGGAACCCCAGGACCACGGGGAGCCAGGGGCCGCGUGGGCCAGCGCGGGCUGGUUGGAGUCCCAGGACUGCCCGGCUCGCGAGGCAUGCCAGGAGCAGAAGGCGCAGAAGGAAAGCCUGGUACACAGGGUUCCCCGGGGGCCGUGGGCAGCCCGGGCAGGAUGGGACCUCCAGGUUUUGUUGGUGUGCAGGGGGGCAGAGGACACGCAGGACCUCCUGGACCUACGGGCCCCCAAGGAAAACCUGGACCUGAUGGAGAGCCGGGUUCCCUGGGCCCAAAGGGUCUGCCCGGGAAGCCUGGCAUGGAGGGGCCGCAGGGACCUGUCGGCAUGUAUGGCUACCCAGGACCAGCCGGUGACCGGGGGAGGCCAGGGUACAGGGGAGACAAGGGAGAAACGGGAGCCCGAGGCCCACCCGGAUUCCCUGGAAAAGCUGGUCCCAAGGCCCUGCCAGGCCCCCCUGGGCCACGAGGUGCUCCCGGCUCCCAGGGAAGAGCGGGAGAGCCGGGUCCUCGGGGGCUUCCAGGGCUGCCGGGAGCCCCCGGCAUGCGGGGGCUGGACGGUGUCCCCGGGAAGCCUGGUUUGGCUGGGGAAGCGGGGGCAGACGGCACACCAGGGGCUGCUGGCCCCCCUGGGUACCCGGGUCGGGAAGGUCCAAGAGGACCCGAGGGGCCUUCAGGGAUGAGAGGAGAGCAGGGUGCCCUGGGAGAUCCGGGGGACGCCGGUGUCAGCGGGCUGGAUGGCGAGCAGGGACCACCGGGACCACCAGGAGCAGAGGGGCAGCCGGGGCCCAAGGGGCAGCAGGGAGAAGCAGGACCCCGCGGAGCUCCGGGCGUCAGAGGUGGCCGUGGGGAGCGAGGGGACGAGGGGCCAGCAGGACCACCGGGGGGGCCCGGGGAGCAGGGGAAGGAGGGCGAUGUUGGUGACGCAGGAGAGCCGGGCGAGCCGGGAGCGCAGGGACACAAGCAGGGAGAUGCUGGCCCUCGGGGUUUUCCUGGAGCGCCAGGACCAGGAGCUGCUACGGGGGAAAUUGGAGGCAAAGGCCCCAGAGGAGAGAAGGGCCAGGAAGGUUUGCUGGGCCAGGUCGGUGUCACCGGCGCUGCAGGACCUGCAGGAGUCCGAGGGCGGUCUGGCAGCACAGGUCUGCGAGGUCCUCCAGGGCUCGACGGUCUCGAGGGAACGAAGGGAGACCCAGGACCUCGAGGCAGGGAUGGACCCACUGGUGCCGCCGGGUUGGAGGGACCUGCAGGAGACGAUGGAGCAAAGGGAGACCGCGGCCAGCCUGGCCCCGUGGGCUCGGUGGGUGCCCGUGGGCAGCCGGGUGGCCCCGGGUUCAAGGGCUACGCCGGGCACCGAGGAGCCAGAGGAGCAGCGGGCGCACCGGGGAAGCCGGGCCAGCAGGGCACUCUGGGGCCACCGGGCAAUGCUGGAGCCCCGGGGUCGAGCGGCGCCGAGGGCCUGAUGGGUGCAAAAGGGGAGCCGGGCACACCGGGAAAACCAGGGCGCACGGGCUCUCCAGGACAAGCUGGUCCCCAAGGGCAGAAAGGUCGCAAAGGAGAAAAGGGCGAUGUGGGGCAUGAGGGGCAAGAAGGGGUCCCUGGAGAAGCUGGCAGGAGGGGCAAGCGAGGCAAGGCAGGCCACCGGCCCCCGAGGGGCCCCCGCGGAUCCAAGGGCCACCCAGGUGACGAGGGGCUGGCGGGGCCCCAGGGCCCACAAGGACCAUACGGCAUCCCUGGGCUGAAGGGCAUCAGAGGAGACCCGGGACCGAAAGGACCCAAGGGUGAGAAAGGCAGCAGGGGUGACCUGGGGCAGCAAGGGGACGAUGGCUUCAAGGGCAAGCAAGGACCCCACGGCGUCCCUGGGAGGCCGGGACCCAAGGGACUGCAGGGUGACGCUGGCCCCCCUGGCCCACGGGGGCUCCCUGGGCUCCCCGGGAAGCCGGGCUUGUCGGGACAAAAAGGGCUGAAAGGUUCCCCGGGCCAGCCGGGACCCAGGGGAAAGCUGGGACCACCGGGUCUCGCCGGACCCCCGGGCCCCAGCGGCCCCGCGCUGACGCUGUCCAAGGAGGAGCUGCGGCACCUCCUUCACCCCUCCGACCGCCUGAACCGCGCCGUGGCACGGGCUCUGCUCGAGGCCCUGAGCCGCGAGCUGGGAGCGCUGGUGGAGCACCCUGAUGGCACCAAGGACAACCCGGCGGCCACCUGCAAGGAGCUGCUGCUGGCCCACCCCAGCUUGCCCGACGGGCACUACUACAUCGACCCCAACCAGGGCAGCCCCCGGGACGCCCUGCUGGCCUUCUGCAACUUCACAGCAGGGGGUGAGACCUGCAUAUCCCCCGUCCACAACCAGGUCCCCAUCAAGGCCUGGCUGAGUACCUACACCUCCAAGGACACCUUCGAGUGGUUCAGCACCCUGCCUGGGGGCUUCCUGCUGGAGUACGCGGGGGCUAGCGCGGUGCAGCUGCGCUUCCUCCGGCUGCACAGCCACCUGGCCGCACAGAAGGUCUCCUACUCCUGCAGCCCAGCCCCGGAGCGGGGCCAGCCCCAGCCCGAGAAGGAAAUCCUCUUCCUGGCGGACUCCCGGGAGCAGAGCUACGCAGCCACCCUGCAGGGCUGCCUGCUGGACAACGAGUCCUCCAUCACUGACACCAUCUUCCAGUUCACCACCGAGGAGCUCUCCCUGCUGCCCCUGCGGGACCUGGCCGUGUUUCACAACGGCGACGCCUCCCACCAGUUCGGAUUCACAGUGGGACCCGUCUGCUUCAGCUGA